CACACUCACGCUGUCACACUCGCACCCAGGCCAGAACCUAAUAGAUCGAGAGAGAGCUUGCCAGCCGGCUAGCCGGGGAGACGGGACAACACAGCCAGCCGAACAGGCAGGAGAGGCCGGGCGCCAUGGAGAAGCAGGCGAGCCAGCUCGAUGAGGCACUCCUCCCGCAGAAGCUAGCAGCAGCUUCGGAGAGCUCGGCGGCCCCGCCCGUGGGGGAGGAGGUGAAGAGGCAGCUGCGGCUUGCCGUGCCGCUGGUCGCCGGCAGCCUGCUGCAGAACCUCAUCCAGAUGGUGUCCGUGAUGUUCGUGGGGCACCUCGGCGAGCUGCCCCUCGCCGGCGCCUCCAUGGCCAGCUCCUUCGCCGCCGUCACCGGAUUCAGCCUCUUGCUGGGCAUGGCCAGCGCCCUGGACACCCUGUGCGGCCAGGCGUUCGGCGCCGGGCAGUACCACCUCCUGGGCAUCUACAUGCAGCGCGCCAUGCUUCUCCUCACCCUCGCUAGCGUCCCCCUCGCCGUCGCCUGGUUCUACACCGGCCGGAUCCUCCUCCUGUUCGGCCAGGACCCCGCCAUCGCAGCGGAGGCUGGCGCCUUCGCGCGGUGGAUGAUCCCGGCGCUCUUCGCCUACGGCCCGCUGCAGUGCCACGUCCGGUUCCUGCAGACGCAGAACGUCGUGGUGCCCGUGAUGGCGGCCGCCGGCGCCACCGCGGCGUGCCACCUGGCCGUGUGCUGGGCGCUGGUCUCCGGCCUCGGCAUGGGGAGCAGGGGCGCCGCACUCGGCAGCGCCGUCUCCUACUGGGUCAACGUCGCCGUGCUGGCCGUCUACGUCAGGGUGUCGCCUCGCUGCACCAAGACCUGGACGGGGUUCUCCACGGAGGCGUUCCGCGACGCCCUCGGGUUCCUCAGGCUCGCCGUGCCGUCCGCUCUCAUGGUCUGCUUGGAGUGGUGGUCCUUUGAGCUGCUCGUGCUCCUGUCAGGCCUUCUUCCGAACCCCCAGCUGGAGACAUCCGUCCUCUCGAUCACGCUCAACACCGCCAACUGCUUGUUCAUGGUCCCCUACGGCCUCGGCGCCGCAAUAAGCACCCGUGUCUCGAACGAGCUCGGCGCGGGGCGGCCGCGGGCUGCCCGCCUCGCCGUGCGCGUCGUCAUGUUCCUGGCCGUCUCGGAAGGGCUCGUGACGGGGUCGGUGCUGGUCUGCGUGCGCUACAUCUGGGGCCGCGCCUACAGCGACGAGGAGGAGGUUGUGAGAUACGUGGCGAGGAUGAUGCUGAUCCUUGCACUGUCCAACUUCUUCGAUGGAAUUCAGUGCGUUCUUUCAGGUGUGGCUCGAGGCUGUGGGUGGCAGAAGAUCGGCGCCUGGGUCAACCUCGGCGCGUUCUACAUCGUCGGCGUCCCAGCAGCAUACAUCAUAGCCUUCGUCCUUCGCGCCGGCGGAAUGGGCCUUUGGACCGGGAUCAUUUGCGGCAUUGUGGUGCAAGUCCUGCUGCUCGUGCUCAUCACGUUGCGCACUGACUGGCAGAAAGAGGCGACCAAGGCGAAGAGCAGAGUGUUCGACUCUUCUCUUCCGACAGAUCUCGUCGCAACAUGAAGGCACAAUCGGAUUUUGCUCAAGCCUGUAGAUUUGAAAGCCACACGAAAA